AUGUCGUGGUCACGAGAAGACGACUACGCGGCCUUCAAGGCGGCAGCCAGCUCGUACAACUCGCCUCCCACGCGACCAUGGUCGUUGCUCGUUUGGGAUGUCACGAAUGCACAUCCCGAAGGCAACUGGCGUGUGGAACCCAGUCCAGACUGCCUCCGCAACGAAGCCAAGCUUCGCAUAGUCUUCUCGCCCCUGCACGGUGGCCGGCGGGAUUGGGUUGCUGAUUUCGUAGAGCUCUUUCGCAUUCUCAACGUCCCCAGUGACUUCACCACGGAGCGCACUCAGUCCAUAUGCCACAGCUUUGCCGCGCGCACGGAUCGCCAUGGCACCUGUUCGUGGUUCCAUUUCCUCUUCAAAAACAUCACCGUCAGGCACGAGCCCGGCAAGCUGCCCGAGGUUGACCUACGAAUCCCGGGUCGCUGGCAGCAGGGGGCCGCGAACCUACCCCAGGCAGACUACAGCUGGCUCGUCGCCAGCUUCUUUAUGCGCGUCCACACGCACGGAGGGGUGACCCUCGCCUGUUUUGGUGCCCCGCCGCGGGUGCGCAGGCGGUUCGUGGAGUUUGUCGACGGCGGGGGCUGGGGUGACGUGCAGUCGAACCCAUACGUGCUCUUUGAUGUCCUCCUAGAGGGGCUCUACGCCGAAGUGGACGAGAUGGUGUGGAACAUGAAUACCAUCUUCGGGCCCCUCGAACAUUCUAUUCUCGAGCUCGCGCAUACUAAAGACUAUGAACAGCUUAACUCGCGUCUUUCCUUUGCCGCUCUUCACAACUGUGCCAAGCACAUUAUAUACUUGGGCGAGGGCCUCGAUGCCGCCCUGUUCCUCCUAGACUCCGUUCUAGCGCAUGCGGGUGAUUUCAGCAGAGGCGAAACCACGAAGGGCCUGCCACCUGACGCCGGAAGGGCACGCGCCGAACUCGUCACCCGACAGGUCAAGGAGCGGCUAGGUUACCGGAGGUCCCUCUUCCGGUCGACGCAGCUUCGACACUCCAGCCUCCACAAGCGCAUCGACAACAGCAUUGCGCUGGCCUUUAACGUGGUCACACAAAAGGACUCGAUGGUGGUGACGCGCGACUCGAGCGUCAUGAAGAUGAUUGCCGCCAUCACCAUGGUGUUCCUGCCCACGACAGGGGUUGCCACCGUUGUGGGAUCGCAGCUGCUGGUCUCGGAGUGGCAAAAGGACAGCCAGUCGUGGAGCGUCAUGGCCACGCCGCUCUUCUGGCUGACGUGGUGGAUCACUAUCCCCUUGACCGUGUGCGUGCUCGCCGUGGCAUUUGUGUGGCAGUGGUGGUCUCACAGCGAGCGAGCGCAAGUCCAGACGCGCAGGAUCCUGAAGAAGCCAGCCGACUUCUUUGCCGCAAGGAAAAAGACUGCGUCGACAGGAUAG